UGUCUAUAUAUAAACUCUCUCUCUCUCUCUCUCUCUCUCUCUAUCUUUCUCUCUCCCCACCAUUGAGCAAACGACAACUACCUUUGGAGUAUUGAAUUCCAUUCUUUUUUCAUCGUUUCACAAAUAUCUUUUCCAUCUUGUUUUCUUCGCAGCCAAACAACCGAAACCCGGCCGCAGGAGGAGGGAAAAAGCAUCUGAGAGAGAGGCUGCAAGCUAGCUAGCAAUAUAUUGCCGCCAUUAACUACAAUAAAUAACGCAACCAGAGGCAAAAAAUAUAGCAAGUACAGCAACUUGCAGAGAGAAAUAAGAGAGAGAAAGUGUCGGUGCCCCCUUCUAAUUCCUUGCUUUCUCCUCCCCUCUCUCUCUCUCUCUAUCUCUCUGGUUGACACACAGCCACAACCCAAACAUUUUAUGGGUCUCGUCCUCUCUCUCUCUCUGUCUCUGAAAGUUUCCCGAACUGUUUUACCCCUUAUGAAGCUCUGUCAUACGUUUGAAUUUGCAGAACUUUCGUCGUCUUAGUUGUACUAAACUCGGUUAUCUCUUCGUUUAACAAGUUGGGUUCAGUCCCAAAAUAAGAGAGAGAGAGAGAGUGAGAGAUGGAGGGAGGGAAGAGGAAGAGCGAGAGGCCGUACAAGGGAAUAAGGAUGAGGAAGUGGGGAAAAUGGGUGGCGGAGAUAAGAGAGCCGAACAAGCGGUCCAGGAUAUGGCUCGGCUCCUACUCGACCCCAGUGGCGGCGGCGAGGGCCUACGACACCGCGGUGUUCUAUCUGCGGGGUCCCUCGGCGAGGUUGAACUUCCCGGAGUAUCUGGCGGGAGAAGCCGGCCCUGGCCGCGGCCACCUGCACGAGCUUUCGGCGGCUUCCAUACGUAAGAAAGCGAUAGAGGUUGGGUCUAGGGUUGAUGCGCUGGAGACCAAUUCCAUGCCCGUGCAUGGCCAUGCACCCGCAUCAGGAUUCAAACCCUGUUGGAUCCAUGAGGUGCCCGACUUGAACGAGAAACCCGUACCCGAGGACCCCGAUGCCGAUGAUCAUGACCGGUGAGCUAUAGCUAGUCUAUAUAUAUGCACAUAUGUAAGGACUAUCUAUGUAUAUCUAUAUAUUUGAUUUGAUAGCUUUAA